CACGGGACUAUUCUUUUCUUCUUUAAACGAAGGUGAAUUUAUUUGGGAAGGACCGAUCGAGAGUAACGUUCUUUCGAAAGAUAAAACGUUUCGAAUCUCGACCGAAAUACGACUAAUACCGUUAAACAAGCGAGCGCCAAGAGGCAAGAGGAACAACGGAUUGAACAGCUGAUGUUUCACUCAACACCGGCGAAAUGUCAAAAUCAAGACAAAUCACGUUACGAGUGCAGUCGUCUGAAGGGACAAAGCGCGUGGAUGUCUAUUUAUCGGAUAUCGUCUUUACGCUCUUUGAAAAAGUGUUUAACGCUUUCAACUUGAAUAGUUUCACAUUUGGGCUCUACAAGCAACGAAAUCAUCAAGAUGAAAUCAUAAGUACUCGCAGCAAAACACUGUCCGAGAUAGGUCUUUCGCACGGCGAUAUGCUCUACCUUGUACCAUUUAACGGUGCACAGCUUUGGAAUACUCCAUCUGCCAGUAAUAAUUCACACAAUUCUUUUGGAGGACAGACCGAUGCAGGAAACAAUACAAAUCGUGUUGUGCAAAGUUCAAAUGUGAUCGGUUCGCUUCGUAGCCUGCCAAAUGUGCCGGAAGACGACAUAGAUGAACAAUUGUGGAAGCUCGACGGAAAGAUACAGAGAAAACGCGACGAAAAACUUUGUCGUCAUGGUGUAAAUGGAUGUUGCGUGCACUGCUCUCCUUUGGAACCGUUCGAUGAACUCUAUAUGAAGGAACAAAAUAUCAAACAUUUAUCCUUUCAUUCGUAUCUCAGGAAACUCACUGCCGGGGUCGAUAGGGGCAAAUUUAUACAAUUAGACGACAUAUGCUGCCGAGUAAAGACUGGUUGCAAAGAUCAUCCUCCAUGGCCUAGGGGUAUUUGUAGCAAGUGUCAACCUAGUUCUAUUACUUUGAAUCGUCAAACUUACCGUCACAUAGACAAUGUCAUGUUUGAGAAUGCUAGUUUAGUCGAACGUUUUUUGAAUUACUGGAGAAGUACUGGUCACCAACGUAUUGGAUAUCUAUAUGGACGUUAUGAGAUACACACGGAUGUACCAUUAGGGAUUAGAGCAGUUGUCGCAGCUAUAUAUGAACCUCCGCAGGAAAGUACAAAGGAUUCUAUAAAACUUUUGCCAGACGAGAAAGAGACAUUGGUCGAUGAAUUAGCUCGAUCUCUCAAUUUGAAGAGAAUAGGAUGGAUAUUCACGGAUCUCAUAGCCGAUGAUGUGAAGAAAGGAACGGUGAAACAUGUCCGAAAUAUAGAGAGCCAUUUCUUAUCGGCGCAAGAGUGUAUUAUGGCAGGGUACUUCCAAAAUCAAUUUCUUAAUCCUUGUCGUUUUUCACCCAGUGGUUAUUUUGGUUCUAAGUUCGUAACUGUUUGCGUUACAGGCGAUGAUAAAAAUCAGGUUCACAUGGAAGGUUAUCAAGUAUCAAAUCAAUGUUCUGCACUGGUACGCGAUGCAUGUUUGGUUCCUACGAAAGAUGCACCGGAACUGGGUUAUGUAAUCGAAUCGACCGAUAAGCAAUAUGUUCCAGAUGUUUUCUACAAGGAGAAAGACAGCUAUGGUAACGAAGUACCGAGGCUAGCGAGACCUCUUCCCGUGGAAUAUUUAUUAGUGGACGUACCCGCAUCCACGCCUCUCACUCCUCAAUUUACUUUUUACGCGAACGAUGACAUUACUCCUUUCCUUAUCGAAAACAGAUUAAUCGAUGGACAAGUUCAAGAAUUUCGUUCGUUGUGCGCCUAUAUGCAACAAUUUAACUCGGACCAAUUUUUGGAAGCAAUUUCAGAUUUUCAUUUGCUAUUGUUUAUCACCACUAUGGAUAUGUUACCCAUGAAGGAUCACAUGGUACCAUUGCUCGAAGCCGUACGCAAUAAAGAUAAACAAAUGGCAAUGGAAUGGGCACGUUCGGAACAUUGGGCCACGGUGGAACAAUUGAUAUCGGCGACCGCAGCAUCUACGUCGCAAGUUACUCAAUUACCAUUUAAUAGCGGCAUGAUCAGCAGACCAUCAUCAUCUUCUUCCUUGCCAGCAACACCAGCAGCAGUAGCAGCAACAGCAGGAGGAACAGCAACAGCAGCUAGCACUAGCGUAGCGGUUGGCACAGAAGCUGCUGCUGCAAAUUCGUCCGCUGAUCAAGAAUUGUGGACUUGCCCUCAUUGCACUUUUAUCAACAGCGCAGAAUUUUCAAUAUGCGAAAUGUGCAGUCUACCAAGAGAUGACGAAGAUGUUCUCUCGUAGAGCUGGAUUCUAGAUUCUGAAAUGAAGAAUCUCUACGAGACAUCGGCGAUACGAUACAACUUGGAUUUUGAUUGUUUUAUGCUAUAUCGUAUUUCAUAUCUUCGUCGCAAAAGUUUCACUUUCAAGAGCACGAUAUAGAAAACGAAAUAUUUGCUUGAAAAUUGCUCGAUUAAAAGGUAUAAACUGCGAUUCAAGUUUGGUGAUAUAUUAGUUUUAUUGUCUGUUCUUCUUAUAUUAGUUAGCUUCCUUAAUUGGAACGAAUAAAAUAAAAUAUUCAUUCGGUUUGGUAAGCAUAGAA